AUGGCAAGUCUGUCCUUGAUCUGGUUAUUGCUGGGAUACGAACACAUUCCGAACAAAGUAUCAUCCGCCAAAUCCCUUCAAAACUCUUCCUACGAUUUUAUAAUCGUGGGCGCGGGAACAGCUGGAUGUGUGUUGGCUAAUCGGCUCUCUGCCGUUGCCAACAACUCGGUCCUACUGAUUGAAGCCGGAAACAUGUUCGGAGCAGCUUCGAUCGUUCCGCUUUUCAGUACCGCCCUGCAACAGACCAAGUUCGAUUGGGCAUUUCGAACGACACCACAGAAGUACUCGUCUCGUGGAUUGAUUCAACAGCAACAAUUUUUACCACGCGGUCGCGGAUUAGGUGGCUCGGGGCAAAUCAAUUACAUGCUGCACUUUAGUGGUAUUAAAGAAGACUUCGAUCGUUGGGAACGGUUGGGAGCGCAUGAUUGGAGCUAUGAACGGAUGAAGGCCUACUUGGAUCGAUUUGAGCAAGGGGUAUCUGACAGAAAAAUUGAAAACAAUCACAACUGUCAAUUACUGGUAAAAAUAACAUUAAAAUAUUAUCUAAAAUUUCAGCUUUUCUCUUAUUUUUAGUCAAGCAAAUAUCCUGCAUUUUUGUCAAACGUAGCCAACCGGUCGCUGCCUAACUGUUGCAGCCGAUCGGCUAUUCCUACUCAAAAUUCUUCACAGACACCAAAACUGCAUAUCACAACCAUCGACCCACAGACGAACGAUCUAACCGGUGCAUUUCUGCAAGCUCGGUCAGAACUAGGUUCGACGCACAAUUUCAACGCAGCAAAGUACACCACACGUGGUGGAAUACGCUGGAGCACCUACCACGAAUACCUUCGACCUGCAUUCGAGCGAAGGAAUCUACACAUCCUGCUCAAUAGCGUGGUUCAGCAAAUUAUUUUCGACGACCAGCGUCGGGCAGUUGCCGUGCGGAUCGAAGAUCCACAGGACGGCAGCUCGACCCUAAUCACAGCCCGAAAGGAAAUUAUCCUAAGCACGGGUGCAAUCCAAACACCUCAGUUGUUGAAACUGUCCGGUAUAGGACCGGCUCUUGAACUACAGCGGCACGGAAUUCCGAUAGUUCACGACUCGCCCAACGUCGGUCAAAACUAUUUUGAUCACAUGAACCUUCCGCUGUUCGUAUCGAUCAACCAAACGGCAAGCGUAACCGUUGACAAGAUUCUAAACAUUCGCAACGUGUGGAAUUACAUUUCCAAAGGGACCGGUGUCCUGUCGAGCACGGCCGUGGCCGGAAUUGGUAGUCCUCGCGGAGCUAAAUAUGGUAUUAUUUUAUUCGGAAUGGGUAGUGUUGACGAGCAUGCGUUGAGGCACGUGUCCAACCUGCGCCAGGAUACUUUCCGCGCUCAUUUCCCUCUGCAUUACAACAGCAGCCAGGAGGGAUUUCUCUUUCUCUGCACAUGCCACCAACCGAAGAGCCGAGGAGCAGUUUACCUACGCGAUCGUCACGCGGACUCACAUCCGUUUAUCAAUCCAAACUAUCUGAAGGAUAGGUUCGAUAUCGACUGUAUGAGUGAUGCCGUUAGGCUGGCCGCUCGAACGGUCGAAACGGCACCAUUCCGUCGGCUAAAUGCCAAACUCCACUGGCCACGAGUGGACAGUUGUGCCGACUUUGGACCACGCGAGGAAGAUUUUCAAACCAAUCGCCCGAACCGUCACUAUCUGGAGUGCGUUCUGCGAACGUCUGCCCUGACCGGGCAUCACCCCGGAGGAACGGCGGCCAUCGGAUUGCAUUCGGAGGCAGUGGUGGAUAAUGAUUUGAGGGUGCGCGGGGUGAAAAAUUUGCGCGUAGCAGAUGCAAGUGUUUUCCCAGCGCCGGUGUCCGGUACACCGAAUUCCGUUGUAGUAGCUGUUGCAGAAAAAGCAGCUGAUCUGAUUCUCAGUGAGAGCGAUAACAGGUAA